AAAAACUAUAAUUAAUUUUAAUGUUUCAUUAAUAGAACAGUUAUCUAAAAUUUGAAAUAAGAAAAUAAGGUAAAUAUGUUUGACUCAACGCAGGAGAUUAGUUUAGAAGUUUGGCAGCAGUGGAUUUUAGAUGCAAUUUCCAAAAUACGUUCGCAAAAGCAAAGGCCCAGUGUACAACGUAUUUGUCAAGCAAUUGGUACGCACCAUAAAUUCCAUGAAGACAUUGUGGCUGAAAAGUUGGAGCAAAUUGUAGAAACUGGAGCUGUUAUUAAAGUUUAUAAUAAAGGUUUGCAUUCUUAUAAGGCACCGAUGGCGAAACGUGUUAUUCGAGUGGAAAAAAAUACAAAUUUGUGCAAAGUUGUUGCUCGCGCGGUGCACGAUUUAGGCGAAUGCGAAGGUUCAUCAAUUAAAAGUAUUGAAAAUUACAUUCAAAAGUUCAACACUAUUGAAAUGAUUGGUGAGGCCGAUUAUAAAACGGUCAUAAAACAGUCGAUCAAGAAAGCUGUUGAAGCCGGUUUUCUUAUACAGGAAGGAAAGCUUUACAAGAAGGGACGUUCUUUGACCACACCAAGAAACUCCAAUGCUUCAGCCGACGUUCCAGUUCAAAUAGGCAAUGAUGUCUGUAAACAUUGUUCGGGUAAUGCACAAAAGAACUUAAAUGGCAUACCGGAACCUUUAAGCUCUUGUAAACAAUGUGGCAUUUCAUUGCACACAACUUGCGCUAAUAUAGCGGCCAAGUGUAAGACACAAUCUUUUGUAUUACUUUAUAUGUUGGUAACGAAGGGAACUUCAUGGUAUUGUGAAAACUGCGUUAAGUGUAAUGUGUGCGGCAAAGGCAACAAGGGUCCUUGCUUAUUGCAAUGUUAUGUGUGUCAGAAAAAUUAUCACCUAAGUUGUUUGGAUACGAUACCCGACAAAAAACCUAAACAUCCAUAUCGUUGCAGUACCUGCUUAAAAUUAAAUACCGAUGUCUUUCGAAUGGCUAAGGGUAAAGAAACUCAGAAAAAGUUAGUUAUGACGAAGCAAAGAAAUUCUAACACCGGUUCACCCAGGCAACAAGCAGCGAAUACUUCUUCACCUUCAAAUCGGACUAAUAACGUUACUUGUACUUCCAGCACUACUCCUACUAGCUCACCGGAAAAAUAUUGGCCAGCCGGUCGUCAGCAACGAGGUUCGAACAGUAAAACUCCAAUCAAAUCACAGGCUGUAAUGUUUGAAAAUCAUCCUUCUACUACAGCGAUGGCUAGAGCUAGAAACUUGAAUGCUGAGGAAACAUUGAAACAGCAUCUGUCUGCUUAUCAUGAAGCAGCUGCUUCGUUAAAGAAUCGUAAUAGUCGUAAGCGCACUUUAUCAAAUCUUUCCUCAUCGAGUUCAUCAAGCGACAGCGACGACGAGCAGAAUAACGGUGAUGAAGAUCCGGAUAACGAUGAUACAACUUCUUCAGAUUCUUGUUCGUCAACAACAAGCAGUGGAUCGGAUUCUAGUGAAAGCAGUUCGGAUAGCUCAGAUUGUGAUGACAAUGACGACGAUAAUGACGACGAUGAUUACGAUUCUGAGCAUAGUGAUUCCAAAUCUAACAUGAUGUUAAGUCAAAUAUUUAAAAAACAAAAAUGCGAUAGUUUGCUAAGUACUACUUUAAAAAAUAAACAACAAUCGCAACAAAAUGUCGCGCAUGGUGGUCUCCAACAACAUCAUCAACCACAAAAAGAAGAGGAAUGGGGCUUUGCGGCUGUUGCCAAAAGUCAUGCAGAUAUUUUCUCUCAAAACAAUAACAGUAGCACUGCAAAAGAUUCCAACAAGGAAAUGAAAGCAGUAAAAAAAAGAAUCAGCGAACAUUUUGCACCUUCAGCAAAAGAUAAUAAAAACCACACUUUGAUUAGUCAUUCGCAGCAACAACAGCUAAAACAACAGCAAAAUAUUAGCACAACUCCAGCAAAAGCAUCGCCCAAUAGCACUAAGUCGUCAUUGUCGGAACAGAAACCUUCAAUGAUGAUUAAAUACAAACCUAAACCACACCAGGUAAUCACAGAAGGCUUAAAUAAGAAAUCCAAUCAGCAACCCAUUCAGAAGAAAGCAGUUUUAUUGAAAUCUAUGCCGUUGGAUAAAAAGGACUUACAAAAACCACCAGAGGAAGAGGAUGAUGAAGAAAUUCCAUAUCUUUCACAGAAAAAUGUUAUUAAAUAUAAACUAUUAGAAGAUAUUACUUUGGCAAAGUGUCAAGAGAAACAGUGUGAGACAGUAACAAAUAAAGAACCAGAAGAGCGAAAACCGUGGGAGGUCGAUAUCGAUGAAAAUCCAUUUGAUUCGCAACCACUGCCUAAUGGUGUGACUCAAGCUGACGUGGACAUUUAUAAGAGGAUUCGUGAGCGCGCUAAAUUAGCCAUAACUGGAGCUCUAGAAAGUCCAAGUAAACUUAUAGCAAAACCAUCUCUCGUUCAUUCUCAACCGGAUCGCUGUCCAGGAUCAAUAGAAAUCGGCAAAUGGCACAUAGAAACCUGGUAUUCAAGCCCAUUUCCACAGGAAUAUGCCAGAUUAACUAAAUUGUACUUGUGUGAGUUCUGUUUGAAAUACACUAAAAGCCGUUCGGUAUUGGAUCGGCAUCAGAAUAAAUGUACGUGGAAGCAGCCGCCUGGCACUGAAAUUUACAGACAUCAGGAUUUAUCAGUAUUCGAGGUCGACGGAAACAUAAAUAAAAUUUAUUGCCAAAAUCUUUGCUUACUGGCCAAAUUGUUUUUGGAUCAUAAAACUUUGUACUACGACGUGGAACCGUUCCUGUUUUAUGUACUCACCAAAAAUGACAACAAGGGUUGUCAUUUGGUAGGCUAUUUCUCGAAAGAGAAACAUUGCGCUCAAAAAUACAAUGUUUCCUGCAUCCUGACAAUGCCACAAUUUCAAAGGCAGGGUUUUGGCAGAUUUCUUAUUGACUUUAGUUACCUAUUAAGCCGCGAAGAAGGUCAAUUAGGCACACCGGAAAAGCCCCUAUCCGAUCUCGGACGUUUAUCGUAUUUCUCGUAUUGGAAGUCAAUUAUAUUGGAAUACAUGUACGAUCACCGUAAUGAUGAGAAAAUUACAUUUCACGAAAUCGCCAUGGAAACCGGUCUGACAGUGUCCGAUAUUGCGUUAGCUUUGGAGUUGCUCAAUUUCAUCAAGCUGCGUAAAAAUGAACACGAUAUACGUUAUCAAAUCAAUAUAAAAGUAGAUUGGCAAAAUGUCAUAGGUCAUCAGGAGAGAUUGAGAAGGCGUAAUAAUCGCAUCUUAAUUGAACCUGAGCGAUUGCGUUGGAGUCCUUUGCUUAGUAAUCUUAAGAAUACUUCUUUAGAUCAAUCAGGGGGUAGACAAAGUUUAUCUCCUCGUAAGAAUAAUUUACAAAAAUUUGACGAUAACAAAAGAGAAUUAAAAGAGAAAACUUAUAAAAAAGAGACGAUGGGAAAAUGUAAACCAAUCGGCAGAGUUGGCAAACAUAAAGCAGAAAUUAAAGAAAAAGUACCGGAGCCUGCAAAGGAGAGUGCAGCGUAUAGCAAAAAAGCAACAGAAGCGAAGAACAGAGCGGGAAACUAUAAAAGUGUCAAUGGGCAAGAAAAGACGGGAAAUUUAUUUCCUGAACUGAAAGGAAUAAAUGAUACUAAAAGAAUUACAAACGUUACAACGACUCCAACAACGAAACGUAAAAGAGCUUAUAGUUCUCCUUCUACUGCCCCAAUAGAUAUGAAGGUACCAGAAGUGAAAAAACAGAAACCCGAAAACCAUAAUGAGGAAAGCAUGGACUUAGAACCACCUUUAGAGGAAAGCAAAGCCACAGAAAAUGCAAAUAAGCAAUCAGAGGAAAAUGCAGCCGCUAAAAUGGAAGCAACAGAAAAUCAUAAAGUAGCACCUGCCCCUUCUUCUAGUAGAGCCCAGCGAUUGGCAAAUCGCAAGCAAUCGACACCUCAACCCUUAAAGAGGAAACACGAGGAACCAGCAGAGGUAGCUGCUGAAACAUUACAAUCAAAACCUAGUGAAGAACCUAAACUGAAGGAAGACACAGUGAAGAAAUUUGCUGACUUAAAGGAGGACACAGCAAAGGAAUCUUCAAAAUCUCUCAAAACAACAAAUGAAACGGAAAAGAUUAAACAAAAUACAACCGAACUUCAGGUGGAGCCUAAACAAUACGACAAACGGGUACCGAAUUUAUUUCCGAAAUUACGUGCCAAGAAUUCCGGUAAAAUAAACGAUGAGACUAUCAAUGACAUCGACACUGAUGUUAAAGACUCAUCAAAAGAGCAGGAGACCCCAAUCGAAGUCACUAAAAUGGAGGUGCAGCCUCCUGAGGUGGUUACACAAACUGCACCAACAACAGCACCUAUCAAAGUGGAGCCAGUACCACAACAAUUGACAACCAUAGCUAAUAGUGUCAUUAAGUCUACCGAAGCCGAAGAUAAGGUCUUAGAAGCGGUGGCUAAAAAGACCAAAAAGACUUCGUAUCAAGACAAUGAUUUAGAACGUAUGAAAACUGAAGUCGUUACAAUGCCAACCUUUGUACCCACGCAAGCAACGGCUCCUUCAAAUAUCGAAUCAAACAAAGAAGAGGCUAUGCCAGUUGUAAUAUCACAAAACAUUGCUAGUACUGUUGUAUCGGAAGAAGAGCAAGUCAAACCACAACAAGUGCAGGAAAUUUCUGCGGUAGAAAGUGCUAAAGAAAAUGAUAAAGCCGUACUAACACCAGCGUCGGUGCUUACGUCAUCAGCGCAGACAUUAUCAACAAUAACAACAAGCGAAGCAAGUGAGCUAAUUAACGAAACUACUAAAACAUCAGCAAAUAAAACCCACGACGAUGUGAAGGAAAAGUUAGAAAAUCCUUUGAAGUUCACUUCCGCAGCAUCGCCGCCUGCAGUGCCAAUAAUGACACUUAACAGUGUCGAUAUUACACAAUCGUUAUCUUUACAAAAAGCAGAAAAUUGUGAACUAAAGCAGGAAUCGGUUAGUCCCGUUAACACCGCGGAAUCAACAAUGAAACCUUCGUCUCUUAGCGUUGAUAUUCCAGUACGUCAAGAGCCUGUUAUCACACGUAAUGAAACCAAGCUAAACGUAAGCCCUAAGUUGCCGGAAAAAAUAAGCGAAAGUAAGGCUUCACCGGAAAGUAUACCGAAAACUGAAAUCAAAUUAACAACCCACGCCGCAGGCGUUGUUAGUAAUCAAAACAAGGUUGAGCCUCCACAAAUCACU